GAGAGGACUGGGUCAGGCUGAGGUGUGGCUUCAUAUUAAAAGAGCAGCAGGUUCUCUUCAGGUUUGCAGAUUGGCUCACCUGUGCUCAACCAGGUGACUGUCUGGGUAAACUCUUGAGUGUGUGGGCAACUCUAAAAUUAAAAUGGAGAGGCAGGGAGGGCAUUGUGAUGGAGGCUUUGGCCCCGGACCUGGAACCUACCAAGGACAGAGCCAUGGCUUUGGUCCCGGACCUGGAGCCUGUCAAGGACAGAGCCAUGGCUUUGGCCCCGGACCUGGACCCUACCAAGGACAGAGCCAUGGCUUUGGCCCCGGACCUGGACCCUACCAAGGACAGAGCCAUGGCUUUGGUCCCGGACCUGGAGCCUGUCAAGGACAGGGCCAUGAACAUGGACAUGGACAUGGACAUGGACAUGGACAUGGACAUGAACAUGGUCACGGUCAUGGCCACGGCCAUGGACAUGGACAUGGACAUGGACACGGACACGGUCAUGGUCAUGGUCAUGGUCAUGGUCAUGGUCAUGGUCAUGGACAUGGGCACGGGCGUAGGUGCAAGCACAAGCAGGGUCACAAGCAUAAAGGAUGCCACAAGAAGGGCAAGGAUUGUCACGGGUCUUCCAGUAGUUCCUGCAGCAGUGACUCUGACUAGACUUCUGGAAACCGUCCUUUAAAAGACACGUGUAACAAACAACGAGUCUCUUUCUGGUUUGAGCAUCAAGUUUGACUAUCCUGAUAUAUCCUGAUUGCUUUUAACUCAAUUGCAUCUGGCUUUUGCUGUUUUUUCUGGAUUUAUACUGAGUCAUAAAAUAAAUGUUGAAAUAUAACAAAG